AUGGGAGGUUGCAUGCAAUCCAAGAGAGCCGCGAGGCCUGAUCCAGAAGAUGGCUUCUCGUCAGGAAUGGUCACCAACAAAGGACUGUCCUUCUGGAAAAUGAUGAAAGAUCGACGUUUCAAUACAAUACGGGUUGCCCCAGCUCCACUGGAGGACCAAUGUGUGACCGAGGUCUCUGGGCGUACCAUCGUGGGGGUAAACCGUCUCCAAGCCCCAGUGGCCAUUCGUUCUCCGCGCCGCUGCUCUCCCCGUCUUGACGAUGAAGUUCCCCCACAGUCACUCAGCAUGGAGCGCCUCAGUCCGUCCAUGAUCAGCGAGGAGAAUGCUGAUGGUGAUCAGCUGUUGGAGCUGGAGACUGCCACUCGCCCGUCAACCCCAGAUCUGAGCAUCACGGGCAACCCUCUCUUCGCCAAGACCAUCAACCGCAAGAUGGAGCUCCAGGCUCGGGAGGACAGCAGUGAGAUCAUCCGCCAGCUCCGCGAAGCCGGCAUCGUGGUCCGUCCGGAGAGCCGUGCUGGCGGGGUGUCUUACGAGUACUUCGUCAACGAGAAGUUUGCUCUGCUGAAUAAGCCGCCAGUUCGCCUGCAGAAACUGAAGAAAGCCAAGACGGCUCAGGACCCUAAAGGCGAUUGCCAGCUGCGAGAGGAGAUCGAGUGCCGUAUGGAGAUGGCUGAAAAACGUAGAAAUGACGCUAUCGAGACAGUACGUCAGCAGCAAACAAAGCACAUUGAGUUGGACAUCCACAGGGCUCAAGAAACCUCAGCCCAACUGGAGGAGGAGAAGGCCCUAGCUGUAGCACAGCGUCUCCAACAGAAGGAUAUCAUGUCUCAAGUGGUACAGGAGCGCCAGUCUAUCGGUCGCGACAUACGCACCAUGCAGCAGAAACAUCACCGAACCCAAGUGCGCCUGCGCGGGGCCCUCAAGAAGAUGGCCGACAAGGAUGAGCAAUUACGGGAGGCAGAGGCACGUAACGUCAUUGAGGUUGCACCAAUAAGAGACGAGGAACCAAACCAGAACCAGGACUCACAUCAAAAUGGCGGGCGAUUCCGCCGAAUGUUUCAAAAUUUUCAAACUUAA